CAUGUAUUAUAAAAAGUUAACCUGUAAUCAACUCUGUUCAAAGGGAUAGUAUCAUUAUUUGCAACCAUAAUAAAUUGGAAUUGGGCGAACAAUUUCCUGCAUGUAUGGAUGGAGUACUUUUUUUUUUGAGGUUGAGGUUUUUUCAAUAUGAAGAUAUUAUAGUGAUAUUAUAUAUACAAAUUAUAUCUAUUAACAGACAACGAUAGAGAUGGCUAAUAUAUCAGACGACGAAGAUGAUGCCUAUCUUUAUGGUUCUGAUGAUGAAAGUGCAAAAGUCCCCAAUGUAAAAAAGGAGAGCAAUGUUAAGUUAGAGGGAGAUGAUAUUGAAAUUGAUGAAGUGGAGCAAAGCAAAGAUCAAAAGGAUAUAGUUGCAGAAGAGGAUGAAGAGGAAGAGGACGAUGACGUGGAAGAUGAUAGUGAUGAAGAUUCAGAAGACGAUAUAGAUAUUAUCAUUGGUGAAGAAAAACCCAGUACAGCCCUUGCUAGUACGAAUAAUGAUACUGUUGAUGCCUUGGUUGAUAUUGAUGGUGAACAAAGCAAAUCUACGACCACAACUAUAGUGGCGAAUAAUCAAGGUGAAAGUAAAAGUGCCAUAGAUAUUAAUGCCAUUGGUGAAUAUGAAGGUAAGCCUAUAACACAACUUGAUCUUGAAACAUUAAAGGAAAAACCAUGGAGAGCUCCUGGGGUUGAUAUAUCAGAUUAUUUCAAUUAUGGAUUUAAUGAAUUUAGUUGGAUUGCAUAUUGUUUCAAACAAGAUAAAACAAGAGGAGAGUUCAAACCAGAAACUAUCAUGGCUCAAAUGAUGGCAUCAGGUAAUCCACCUCUUCCAACUGGUGCACCAAUGCCACCAGGUAUGAAUAUGAAUAUGCCACCAGGUAUGCCUAAUAUGCCACCUGGAAUGCCACCAAUGGGAAUGAUGCCACAAGGGUUCAUGCCAGGUAUGCCAAUGGGUAAUUUCCCUAAUAUGCCAAAUAUGCCACCUGGUAUGCCCAACAUGCCACCGGGUAUGCCUAGUAUGCCACCUGGAAUGAAUAUGAAUAUGCCACAGGGAAUGCCAAUGCCACCAAAUUUCCAACCUCCACCAAAUGGUAAACCCAUUGCUCAAUAUCAAAAUUUUAAUGGUGGUCCACCUCCACCUCCACCACCUCCUCAAAGAUGAAAUAACUCUUUUAUGUAACAUAUAUAAAUAUGACUGUAUAAUAAAUAAAUACAUAUAAUUUACAGAUUCUGAAAC